GUGAAAUGGUGAAGAAGCAACGACGCACUUCUAACGAUGAAAUUUCGAAGCCCGAUGACGGAAAAGUAAUAGAAGAUGGUACUGAUCAGAAUUUUCGAACCUUGUUGAUUAAAAUAAUGGAUUUACUCGAGACUCGUGAUACACACCAGAUUUUACGAGAUUCAAAAUGUCAAGGGAAAGCGCAGCUUUUAAAUUCAACAACGAUUCGCGCUAAAAUCGAUAAAAAUGAAUAUAAUACUCUGAAAGAGUUUCAACUUGAUUUUAUUCGUGCUUGUAGCAACUCUAUGUCUGUCGACCAGAAAAAAUACAACUCCGGAAAAGAAUUCAUUCGAUUAGUUAAUCCUUUUAUAAAAAAGCCUCAAAAAAAAGCUCUUGUUCAAUCAACGACGAAUGGGCAUUUAUUUUCAAGUAGUGCGUUAAAGCAGCUUCCAUUAGAUAACCAAAAAUUCAAAAUAGGCGGUGACAUUAAAGAGAUAACAAUCGUUCCAUCACAUUCAAUGGAUGAACGCGAUAUUCCAACUCUAGGGUCGAUCCUUCCAAAUACGACUAAAAAGCAAGAAAAUAUACGGUCAAAGGAAGUCGGUAUUCCUGGAGGUAUCAAAUUUCACACGUACAAACCUUAUGGUUCUUUCGCUCCGAUAUAUGAUUCGCGUGAUGCCUUAAUGUCUUAUGAAGAUACUGUAACAGCAUGUACAUUUAUGAAUGAAACCAAAGUUAGUCAUUCUACAAACAUGGAAGAUAAAAUAAGCACAGGAAAUAAGGAUGAAUCAUUGUCUAAAAAAGGUUCAAAUGAACUGAUAUCACAAAAUACACCAAAUUUGACCAAGGACGUUUGCUCUGCUGAAAACGAUCAUUGCACUGAACAGAUUCAAUGUUCUUCAUCAAAAUCAUUAAAGAAUUCAAAUGAAAUUUCAACAAAUCAUACAAACGGGAAUUAUUUUGAGGACAUUGAUGUAGAUAUGUUGUAUAAACUAAUUGAAAAUGAUGAUUCGUAUCAGUUUGAUUUAAAACUAGAUGAAAAUGUUGAACUUUUUUUAGAGUUACAAAAAUUACAAACAGAUAGAUUUAUAAAAAAUCCACACAAUAUGUCAGAAAAAGAAAGAAAUUUAGGUUUAAAGUUACAGAAUCGACUUGCUGAAAUUAUAUCUGAAGUUCCACCAUCUGCAUUGGUAACUCACGAAGGCAUAGAAAAAGCUAUGUCACAGUUACCAAUACGUGAAGCAGCAUUCAAAGGAAUGCUUCCAUUAAACAAAAGUCAUGCAUAUCUACAGAAUGAAAGUUCUCGUAACCCAUUUUACGGAUCUACAAAUGCUGUUCGUCCUCCUGGUGCUACUACGCCUAUGUAUCAUAAUGAACAGCAGAAUGUGAUAGCUAAUGGAUCAAUCCAUACAACACCAUCGCAUCCAAUUUCUGCUGCGACUCAACCAAUGAUCAUGGGAUUACCACCUACAAUGACUCCGGCUACACCUAUGCCGAUGAAUGUCCCCCCCUAUGGGAUGGGCUAUGGUGCUGCCGGUCCUUCGAUGAACAACGCAUUUUAUCCCG